UUUGCCAAUCAGAUCACUGUGUUCAUUGCUUGGUAACAGACCCAAGUAAAACAACGCCAACAGAUCGAUAUUUAAGAGUGACAAAAACAGCUUAUUAGUUGCUGAUCAGUUUCGACUCUGCUGGCUAAGAGCUGUGUAUUGAAGUGCAGAUUUCCAGCUGACGUGAAGUUUUCAUGCUAAAGUGUAAGGUUCUAUCCGUUUGCUCACGGAGCAAGAUACAGAAGGCCAAUUGCCAAGUUUUCAAGCACCAAUUGUUCCUUUGAAAAACAUUGAACUAAAAAUAUCCUGUUUAAGAGCAUUACAUUUUGGUUCGUCAUGAAUGACUCACAUCAUAGAGGAAAUAGCAGCAGUGGAGGUGACAUUGAGUUUAUUGCCAUCACUGCCACAUUGUAUGUCGUCGUCAUUAUCGCUUCAUUUCUGGGAAAUAUCACAAUUUGUGUCGUCAUAUUCAGCACCAGAUCACUGCGGCGAUCCGUCAACUCAAUUUUUAUCCUCUCACUCGCAGUUUCUGAUCUAACGACGACAUGCCUGGUGAUGCCGUUUGACUUAGAACAUUUAAUUUCAGGCAGCAAAUGGCAUCAUGGUGAGGUGAUGUGUAAUAUAUGGACAACAACUUACCUACUUGCAGUACCAACGUCCAUUCUUAGCCUGUUGGCUUUGACAGUUUAUCGUUACCGACUCCUACAAGACCCUCUAGAUAUCUACAAAUCAUCCCCGCUGAUGACUCGCAGGCGCGCCCUUAUGGUCGUCUGCUGCUUAUGGACAUACUCCAUGCUCUUUUCACUCGUCCCACUUUUUGGCUGGAAAACCUACCCUAGAAGUGUCAUUGGUGGAAAAUGUUAUUUUAAUGGCUCUUGGAUUUAUUCGGUCUUGAGUUCGCUGAUAAAUUUUGUGAUGCCAGUAAUAACUGCUUCCUUCCUUAACUGCAGAAUGUUCUGCCUUGCCAUCAGGCUCUCACGCAAAACCUUGAGGGCCGUUGAGCAUAGCGGCAAAAACCGGCACGGUUCAAGUUUCAGUACAACGAUUCAAAACUGUUCACCCUACAAGAAUGAAAACGCUGAGACACCACUGAAAUCCAAGCCCUGUAAUCGCCGUUACAAUCGGCAGAUUGUUGAUGACAGGCAGUUAUACCAAUCUGCACAGCGCGAAGACUUUCUUCUUAAGAAACUACAAAAGCGCAACAGUCGUGCAGCUAAGACAACCAUUCUGAUCGUUUUCUCCUUCGUAUUAUGCUGGUUUCCGCACACAUUAUGGAGCAUAACGUAUAGUUUUUGCAAAGAGUGUUUCAUCAACGUCUCAUACAGUCUUCUUAGCUAUAUGUCAACAUUUUUUCUCAUGUUGGGUUAUCUGAACUCGGCCUUAAAUCCAAUUUUAUACAGCUUUCGCACUCCAGAGUUUCAAAAAGCUGUCACCAGAUCAUUAGCGAAAAGGUUUGCCUCAUCGAAAGAGCAUUCGGGGAGAAAAUCAUCACACCCUCGGUUGAGCCUUACAAAGAGCACCAGUGUGGAUCGGGAGACGAGGCUCUAAUCAAACAGUAGAGAACACAAGUCAUCAUGGUCAUCAAGUUUCUAAGUUCUCAUAAUACCCUAAGUGUUUAUUUGUCAUAACUUGAUCAUAGAGUCAUUUUCAAUUGAGAGACGAAAGUAAUCUGAGAUUGCAUUGGUUUAGCUUUAUUUCGCUCUGUGAUUGGUCCAGAAAACUCGCUUGACUCUCUCAACCAAUCCGAUGCAAA